AUGUUUACAGAUAAAGCAGGAUUUCAAAAAGUGUGGAGUACAGACACAACAUUUACAAGUAGCAGUAAUAGCAUUAGUAGUAGUAAUAUUAGUAGUAGUAGCAGUAGGAGUCGCAGUAGUAGUGGCAAUAAUGGUAGCAGUAGUCAUAGCAGCAAUAGCAUUAGUAGUAGUAAUAGUAUUAGCAGUAGUAGAAGCUAUAGCAUUAGUAAUAGUAGUAGAAGCAGUAGUAGCAGUAAUAACAAUAAUAGUAGUAGCAGUAAUUGUAGCAGUAGCAGUAAUAGCAUUAUAAUUAUUAGUAGCAAUAAUAACAAUAAUAGUAGUAGCAGUAAUUGUAGCAGUAGCAGUAAUAGCAUUGUUAUUAGUAGUAGUAAUAACAAUAAUAGUAGUAGCAGUAGUUGUAGCAUUAGCAGUAAUAGCAUUAUUAUUAGUAGUAGCAGUAAUAACAAUAAUAGUAGUAGCAGUAGUUGUAGCAGUAGCAGUAAUAGCAUUAUUAUUAGUAGUAGCAGUAAUAACAAUAAUAGUAGUGGCAGUAAUUGUAGCAGUAGCAGUAAUAGCAUUAUUAUUAGUAGUAGCAGUAAUAACAAUAAUAGUAGACGCAGUAGUUGCAGCAUUAGCAGUAAUAGCAUUAUUAUUAGUAGCAUCAGUAAUAACAAUAAUAGUAGUAGCAGUAGUUGUAGCAGUAGCAAGAAAGUUAAAUUAUAA